AAAAUAUGGCGAACAAACUUGGAUUUGUUGGAACGAUUGGUGAAGAAGAUAGCGUUCUGUUCGUUUCAGAAAGCUCUGGGAGUGAAGAUGAGUCUGCUCCCAAAAAAAGAAAGAAGAAGACAAAAACCAAGAUAUUGAAAUCGGAGGAGUUCAACAAUGAUUUCAAAUUUGAUGAUAAGGAUGAUGAGUUUGAAGCGUGGAACAUGGACAUGGCUCUCAAGUUUGCCAAGAGAAAGAAUGAAGCAUCGACACUUGAUGACAAGAUAGCAAAAGUCAGACGGCAGCGGAAAAAAGAGGAGAAGGAUUUUGGGAAGGAGAAACAAGGAGACGACGAGGGAGAUGACAGUGGAUCAGAUGAGUCGUCCAGCGGCGAGGAGUUCCUUGUUGCAGAUAAGAUAAGAGUGAAAGAGAAGAAAAGGAAGAAGAAGAAGAAAUCGGCAGCAGAAGAGGAAGAGCCAGAGAAGAUGGAGUAUGCUGAUCAGAUUUCAUCAUUUGACGAGAACUUGUCAUUUUCUGAUAUGAAUCUUUCACGACCCCUGCUCAAGGCUUUAACUACAAUGAAGUUUGAGCAUCCAACUCCAAUCCAAGCAGCAACCAUCCCAACGGCUUUACUGGGCAAAGACAUCUGUGCUUGUGCAAGGACGGGCUCUGGUAAAACUGCGGCUUACAUGCUGCCCGUCCUUGAGAGAUUGCUCUACAGAACCAAACAGGCACCCGUCUCCAGAGUCCUUGUCUUAGUGCCAACCAGAGAAUUGGCCGUUCAGGUGCACCAGGUCACUCGACAGUUGGCGCAGUUUACAAACAUCGAGACCUGCCUCUCCGCUGGGGGUCUUGACUUGAGGGCCCAGGAAGCGGCGCUGCGGUUAGGUCCAGAUAUCGUCAUAGCAACACCUGGGCGAUUGAUCGACCAUUUGCAGAACUCGCCGAACUUUGGUCUGCACAGCAUUGAGGUGUUGAUACUGGACGAAGCAGACAGAAUGUUGGACGAAUUCUUCGCUGAACAGAUGAACGAGAUUAUCCGCCAGUGUUCUCGGACAAGGCAGACGAUGCUGUUCUCGGCCACGAUGACUGAGGAGGUGAAAGAUUUGGCCACCGUUUCUCUAAAGGAUCCAGUGCGAGUGUUCAUCAACGAAAACACAGACGUCGCUCUGAACCUUCGACAGGAGUUCAUCAGGAUUCGUGAGAAUAAGGAAGGAGAUAGAGAGGCACUGGCAGCUGCACUGGUGUGUCGGACGUUCCAAGACCAGGUCAUCAUCUUCAUACAAACCAAGAAACAAGCUCAUCGGAUGCACAUCUUGUUGGGGUUGCUGGGGGUGAACGUGGGGGAGCUACAUGGGAACCUGUCACAGGCCCAGCGUCUGGAAGCACUGAAGAAGUUUAAGGAGCAAGAAAUUGAUGUCCUGCUGGCGACAGAUCUGGUGGCCAGAGGUCUGGAUAUUGAAGGUGUCAAGACAAUCAUAAACUUCACCAUGCCCAAUACGAUAAAGCACUACAUCCAUAGAGUCGGUCGGACAGCCCGGGCUGGGAAGAGUGGUCGCGCUGUGUCGUUGGUCGGGGAACAAGAACGUAAAUUGUUGAAGGAAAUCGUGAAAAAGGCCACCAAUCCUGUCAAAAGUCGAGUCAUCCCUGCAGAGGUGGUCAUGAAGUACCGCGAUCGUAUCCAGAAGAUGGAGAAAGACAUCGUCGAUGUGAUGAGGCUGGAGACUGAGGAGAGAGUGAUGCGCAUGACCGAGAUGCAGAUGAAUAAGGCCAAGAACAUCCUUGAGCACCAGGCGGAUAUCAACGGGCGGCCGGAGAGGACGUGGUUCCAGACAAAGAAGGAACGCAUGGAGGAGCAAGCUGCGCUCAGACUUGGCAAGUUCAGUAACCUACCCAGCAAGAAACAACCGAAGAAAACUGAAAAGCCAACGGCUGAAGAUCGAGUUCAAUUUGAGUUGACAAAGGCGCAGGAGUUUCAAGCGAGGGAUGUGAAGCGUGGCAAGAAAGCUAAAAGGAUGCGAAUUUGUGAGGACGAUGAUGGUCUCGAUGUAAAGAAACAGAAGAAAAAUAAAGCAGGGAAGAAGUCGAACUUUGAGAAGGAAUUAACGAAUACAAAUAAAGGCGCUGUCAAAAAGUUGAGAGCUGGUCCAUCAUACCAAGAGAGGAAAGAACACGGCAUCAAAAAGGGUGGCAGAAAGUUCAAGAAGAGAUGAUCACAUUUUCACAAGAAAUAGGACUAAAAUAUCGAAAAUAGAAAAGCGUAUGUUGACUGGGACUCACUGCCAUACUUUGUCCAGUUAGCUUCAAGUCGAGGAAAAAUUUCUGUGAUGUUCAAAAACUUGACAUUUAAGUGAUUGAAAUCAACUCGUGAUUGGUUCCACUUUAAAUUAGUCUCUGCCAGUUGCAACUGGCCAUAUUCAUGAUCUGUCGGACUGACUUUUACUUAGCACAAAUAUUCAAUGGAAUAGGGGACUUGAUUGUGCAACUGGUGUUUUCCGGAGGAGGACAUAUUCAUGCUAUGGUGCGCCACUGGACUCCCUGAUACAAAUACAAAGUAGGUUGUGCCUCUGUUGGUCUCAACCUGGUUAGGUAAUGAGGGCAGAAAAGACAUUCAGGAAAGUUCUGCACAACCACGAACUAGGUUGUGCCUCUAUUUGUCCCUACCUGGUGAAGACAUGUUAGCAUGUUUGAGCUAUUCGGGGACGUUCUGUAUGACCAUGAAUUGGGUUGUGACUCUGUCUCUACAUGGGUUGUGGCUCCGUCUCUACCUUGUUAAGACAUAAGAGCACCUGUUCAGGGAGGUUGUGCAUAACCAUGUUGGUGUCACUGGUCUGGAAGUGGAUCAGGAUUGUUUCACUGCUUAAGACACAUUCAGAAAAAUGGUAGAAAUGGACAACCAUGCUGCAACAUUAAAAGGACGACAUGAGGUCCUGUACUUGUCUCACUACUAGUGAUACUCACUGGAUAAGUGUGAAUGAA